AAUUUUCUUUUUUUUUUGACAGCUUCAUUAGCCUUGUAGCUCAGGAGUGUUCUGGAGAGUUUUACAGAUCAUAGCUUCUUGACUACACGGUUUGAUAGACCAAGUGAUAGGUUUUCGGACAUAUGUGAUGGAGAGAUCUACAAGAACCUAUGCAAAAAGUUCUUAGUUCUGGGCAACCCCAAGAACAUUUCUUUUACAAUUAUUACAAAUGGAUGUCCGGUUUUCAAAAGUAAAAAUUGCUCCAUCUGGCCUCUUCAGCUUAUUAUAAACAAACUUUCUGUCUUUUACACACUUAGAAAUGUCAUUCUUUCAAGCGUCUGGUUUGGAGAAAACCACUUUUCCAUGGUGCUAUAUCUGAAAAGUUUUGUGCAGCAGUACAAAGUUCUUUGUGCCAAGGGCUUUGUGUGGAAGCGCAUUGGCACGGAGGUUGUAAGUAAGGCCUUUGCAGUAUGCUGCACUGUGGACUCUGUGGCUUGGCCCUUAUUGCAAAACAUGAUUCAGUUCAACACCUACUUCGGCUGCAGUUGGUGUCUUCAUCCCGUAUCGCUCAUUGUUAGGGCAAUUCGCUAUACAGUCAGUGUCAAGGUGGUUCAAGACCGAAAAUCAAAGGGGGCGAUCCGUGACAUGUACGAAGCUGCGUCAGGAGGUGUUAUCUGUAGAGGUUUUAAAGACCCCUCUCCGUUGCUCAACAUGCAGUCUUUUAGCGUUAUUGAGUCUUUUGUUCCCGACUACUAUAUGCAUGCUGUCCUCCUCGGUGUUUCUCGGUCACUUUUGAACUUGUGGUUUGACAGCAACAGUGGGGAGGCGUUCUAUCUAGGAGAACCAGCAACUGUGAGGCUGGUGGACUGUAGGAUGAGAGCCAUCAAGCCAAUAUCCAAGCUGGGCAGGUUUCCCCGGGGAGUGAGCGAACGAAAACUCUGGAAGGCGCAGGAGUAUCAUUCGUGGCUUUUGUACUAUCCGCCGCCGAUACUCUGCGGGAUUUCGCCCAAGCCUUUCCUUGGCCACCUGGCUCUUCUUGUGCACUCUAUUUAUUACCUCGUUCAUGACACACUCACAAAAUAUGACAUUAUCACAGCUCAUAUUCUGCUAGCUGAGUUUAUGAUAAAAUACAACAUGCUCUGUGGAGACAUUAACAUGGUCUUCAAUGUUCACUUGUUCCAGUACCUGGCAAAGAAUGUCUUGCAUUGGGAGCCUUUGUGGACCCAUUCUGCCUUUUGCAUCAAGGGAAACCGUGGAAUAGCAAUGCAGGAUCUACAGAAGGCCAUACUUAAAGAGGCACUGACACAUCAAAAUUGUAUUUUUUUUAUUUGUGAUGUAGAGAUUUUUUAA